AUUCUUUGUUUUACUUGGGUUACUGGUGGUGACCCUCUUCUAUUCUUCUAGUUUUCUAUAUGAACCUUUUCUAAUGUUAUUCCUAUUUUUACUUUAGUAAUAUUAAUUGGUAGAAAAGGGUCGGAACAUAAAACGAAAAAAACGAAUACAGUGUCGUGUCACGCAUUCAAGUGACGUUUGCCUUGUCGGCAAAAGUGUCGGACAAGUUCAUGACAUUGAUCAAAUCGACUGGCACUGUUAAGAUUGACAAGAAAAUGCGAAUCUGCAAUUAUAAGUCACGCGACGGAAAACUCACGUUGGAAAGAAUCCACAGUAAAUCUUCUAAGGCAGCACGAAAGAGGUCAACGAAGAUCAUGCUCUCCGCCGAUGACGUAAGAUUGAUGACGUUUCUUGUUGAAAAGACGAAAGAAGCCAAUGAGCCACUGGUGGCAACAAAAGUUUUCAUGGAGUUCGGUAAAAAAGAAAAUGCCAGAUGUUCGGAUGGAGCCUAUUAUCGAAAAUUCCAUAAAAAGCUUGCGCCAAACAUGGAUCAACUGGACAAUUACAGUAUUGAAAGCCGUCUCCGAGUGAUGCUUGGGCUUGUUGGAGAAGUUUCGGACGACUUUCUGACACAAGUUCAAACGGAGGGAAUUGUCGUGCUCAAUGAUGGCAAACGAAUUUGCGAGUAUGCAUCACGUGAUGGAAAGCUGAAGUUGGAGGCGGACCACAGUCAUUCGGCAAGAAUGAAAAGAACAUCUGCAUAUCACCGAAAGGCUGGUCGACACGUGCACAUGGUCAUGAAUGCAAGUCAGACGACGAACCAAGCCGAGAGCGACGAAGAUGGCGUAGAUUCGGCGACUUCUCUUCCUAGAUCUCCGAAAAGAGCGAGAACUGAAAUGAGCUCGAGUGACGACGACGAUGAUCUGGAGAUUAUUGAAACUGUGGACGGAUAUCCGAAGCCUGAGCCAGUUGAUUUCGAUUUUGAAGAACUCCUCAAUAGAGAUUCAACCUAUAAUUUGCUCAUCGAUCAUUCGCAAGAAUAUAAAGAAGUGAUGAUGGAAGAGAACAAUCAGCCAACUAUUUAUGUGAAAUCUCUUCAAUUGGACAGUGACGACGAUGAGGUGCAAUACAUCGGAGCGAUGAAGGGACAGCCGAAGCCUGAACCAAUCUUCGAAGGAUUUGCACCACAUAAUUCGAAUAGCGAUCAUGUGCAAGAAGAACAAAAAACUGGUGUUCCACGCUUCGAUCGUCAACAAAUCAGUCUUUCCGCGAAUACUGGAGCCACUUCAGAUGAACCCAUUAAUAUGUCUGAAUUCCUGAAACAACUGACCCAGUUCAUUUGCUUUCUCAAAAGUAGGGAACUCGAGGAGCUCAAGCAACAAAUCAAAAAGUCAAUUGGAACUAAUGUUGAUAAGAAAAUCCUAUUUGCCGAGCUUCGUGGAGUUUUCGAGGCAUUCCUCAUCACGAUCAAUCGAAAAAUCAAAGCAACCGCUUGUCCCUGCUAUGUAGGUCAAGGAUUUCCUUCUCAAGUUCAAUGGACCUUUUUUUCCUUUUUUUUUUGGGAUGAAAAAAUUCGCAAAAAAAUUUCCCGUGGUGGAGGGUUGAACUCAUCCCCUCCCCCCUCCCACCCCCCAUUUUUCAAAAGAAUUUUUGACAUUUCAAAUUCGAAUGAUUUGUGUGUUCUAAGUUUCCUUAGACUAUGUUAG